AUGUGCCCAUAUGCAACUAUCUUACCACUGCGCCUAGGAAUCCUGUGGCUGGCGCUCAGUAUCACUGGACGUACGAGCUGGCGCCGGUUGCCCCUUGAUUUCUUGGCUUUCUUCAAGGCUGGGUCACGGCUAUCGCAUGUUGGCACUGAAAUUCAGGGACGCCUACUGCAGAACUGCCCUUCCUAUACACCACAGAAUUGGCAUGGAACACUUCUUGUCUUCGCCGCUUUGUUCCUGCCAUUGCUAAUCAACAUAUUUGCCCGACGUCUUCUGGCACCAGUCGAAGUGCUGUCAGGAGUCAUCCAUAUCCUCUCUUAUCCAGCAAUUAUGGUUGUCAUGGUCGUGUUAGGACAGCGCCACACAAAUGAGUUUGUAUGGACUGAGUUUGUCACCGAUCAGAGUGAAUGGCACAAAAAAGGGGUAAUCUUUUCCAUUGGCUUGCUGACGGCGGCCUUCACUUUGAGUAGCUUUGAUGGCGUGAUUCACAUGUCGGAGGAAGUCAACAAUGCGCCUAGAGCCGUGUCCCGUGCGAUGGUUUGGGGAAUGGUCCUGAAUCUUGACAUGCUGAAAGUCAUAAUCUGGGUCAAGAAAGCAGCAAUUGACCGUAAGAAAUGGCAGGGCCACGGCUUCUAG